AUGAACAAUAACUUCUGCCGGGGCCUUGUGGACCGGAGGUCCAUGGCGCCCCCCAGCUGCAUGCAGCUGGGUAUCAUGCCCCCUCCCCGGCAAGCGCCCCUACCCCAAACCGAGUCCCUGGGCAACGUGCCCUUCCUGUUGUACUCGGGCCAUGCUGAGACACCGUACUACGACACCUACGCGGGGAUGUUCCCCUACGUGCCCUUCCCUGGAGCCUUCGGGGUCUACGACUACCCCUUCGAACCUGCCUUCAUCCAGAAGCGCAAUGAGCGCGAGCGGCAGCGUGUCAAGUGCGUUAACGAGGGCUAUGCGCGCCUCCGUGGCCACCUCCCUGGAGCGCUGGCGGAGAAGCGACUCAGCAAGGUGGAGACACUGCGCGCUGCCAUCCGCUACAUCAAGUACCUGCAGGAGCUGCUGAGUGCGCCCCCGGAUGCUGCCGGGCCCGCCUGCGGACCGCCCCCCGGGUCCCUGCCGGACUGCUCCAGCGACAACGAGACCCGAGUACCCCCCUCUUUGGUGCGCGAGUCAUCCGAGUCCUCCUGCUUCUCCUCCUCGCCUUUCUUCGAGUCGGAGGAAUCCAGCCACUGA